AUGUCUGACACAACAGACAGCCACACCAUGUACACCCCGACGACCACAGCAUCGGAACACACCCUCCCUGGCACUCUUUCCGACUACUACUACCCAGAAAGAGAAGAAGCAGUCCCAGCCCAAAUCCCGCGUCACGGCUGCACCUACAUUCUGCGCGCCACAUCAUGUGACGACGACAGCGUGCUGACGCUGGUCAACGGGUCUGUUGUGCUCGCCGCGCGCGACACAACCCACGGGUCCAUCUACUGGGAGUGCGUCGAGACGCAGGGCUGGCUUGGGUGGCGGAACUGUAGCUCGAACAGGUUUCUGUGUCAUGAUGGCAAUGGGAGGCUCAAGUGUACGGCGGAGCUGGGGAGUGGGUGGCGCCAAUUCACUGUGACGCCCGUGCCAAAAGGCGGUUAUGUCAUGCAGAUGCUGGAUUGGUGGACGCUGCGGCCGGUGGUGGUUGAUCCGGAGGCUGGGCUGAGGAAGUUGGGGAGGAAUGGGGAUAAGUUGUCCGAAGGGGUGGUGUGGGAAUUUAUCAAGGUUAAGCCAUGA